AGGCGGGCGCUCACGACGCGUUUGCGCGGGGGGACUUUCCCCACCUCGGCGGGAGGCCUGCGUGCGGGCGGGUCGCUCCCGGACGCCCCCGGAGCGGCGUCUACAAGCCGUCCGGCCGCUCCGCCCGCCUUCGCCCCGCGCCGGCCGGAGGUGGUCGCCGCUCGCCACAGCCGAAGGGGCCGCCCGCAGCGCGUAUCCCGGCCACCAGCGCCGAACCGGCUUCCGACAGGGCGGUGAUGGAACCGGGCUCCCGCGGGUGGGGCCGAGGCUAGCGCCCCGGAGCGGAGCGGAGCGGCAGCGCGAGACAGCCAAGAUGUGAAAAUAAAGGAAAGACUUAUAAAAUAACAAAGAUGCUUUUGAGCCAGAAUGCCUCGGCAAUGAGAACACAUAAUUUGUAUCUCAUGGUGUACAUCAGCCUCAUGUUUGGUGUUUUCCAAGCUUUGCCUGAUUUUUCACAGGAUGCUUGCAUUUUCAAGAUGACAUUAAGAAAUUUCCGGGUAAUUUUAUCAUGGGAAUUAAAAAAUCAUUCCAUUGUACCAACUCACUAUACAUUGUGGUACACAAUCAUGAGUAAACAAGAUGAUAUGAAGGCUGUUAAGGACUGUGCAAAUAUCACGGGAUCAUUUUGUGACCUAACAGAUGUGUGGGAAAACAUGUCCGAGAAUUACAUCCCCAGACUCGUUGGGUCCCGAGGGAACGCAACGCUGGUCAAUUGCUCGGGCUCCAUCUUCCCACCGCUGAACAUGUCUUUGGAACCACCAAACUUUGAGAUUAUUCGUUUUACUGACCACAUUAAAGUGAGAGUGAAAUUUCCGCCCGACAUACCCAAGAUACUACGUGGGGAAGAAUUACAUUUUUACUUAUCACUUGUCAUCGAAGAAGAGUCAGGAGAAAUUGUUAAGAAGCAUAAACUGCAAAUGAAUGCAAAAACCAUCACUGAAAAUUUCACUUACGUCAUCGACAACUUAAUUCCAAACACAAGCUACUGUGUAUCUGUUUAUUUCGAGCCUACCGAUCUGGGAAAAACAAUGAAAUCUCCCCCAAAAUGUACCCUCCUUCCACCUGGAGAGGAAUCAGAGUCAUCAGAUUCUGCCAAAAUAGGAGGAUUGGUUACUACGUUUUUGAUAGUAGCUGUCUUCGUAAGCACCAUAAUACUACUGCGACAGAUUGGUUGUAUAUGCUUAACAAAUAAGCUCCCCAAAGUGCUGAAUUUUUAUAACUUUUCAGCCUGGGUAUUUCCCGAGCGGCCGCCAUUGGAAGCAGCGGCUGUGUUGGAGGUCAUUCACGUCAACAGAAAGAAGAAAGUGUGGGAUUAUAAUUAUGAUGAUGAUGAAAGUGACAGCGAUAAUGAAGCAGCCCCCCGAACAAGCGCGGGGGGUUACACCAUGCACGGACUAACUGGCAGGCCUCUGUGUCCGGCCUCUGCCUCCUCAGCCACCUUGGAGGACUGCAGCAACCUAGACGCUGAGGAAACCGACGUGCCCGAGGCCGAGGCUGAAUCGGAGUCUCUGAUGGCACCAGGGCCUGGCCCCUGGCAGCCGGAAUGCACUAGUGAGGCCUACAAGGGGAGAGGGACUCUGCUGGAAGAGCCCUUUUCUGAGGAGGACAGCAGCUCCAUGGAGGGUUCUGAAGACAGAAUUAUCUUCAAUGUGGAUUUAAACUCUGUGUGUGUGAGGGUCUUCAGUGACGACUUAGAAGCCCCUCCAGUGUUAUCUCUUCCAGAAGAUAACACCCAAUUACAGGAUCCCAACGAAAUGGAAACAAACCUUUUGGUGGCCAGUGGAGGAGGGACACAGCCGUCCUUCCCUGGCCCCUCUGUGGAGUGCCUGUGGCCUGAAGAUUCCCUUUCCGAAAAAAGUGACACUUCUGAGUCAGAUGUUAACAUCGGGGAUGGUUAUAUAAUGAGAUGAAUCCCAAAAUACUGAAUUAACUUGGACCGACAGAUACUUCCAGGGUUCUCUCUGCUGCACCCUCACUUGCUCCUGUGGUCUGCAAGUGUUCUCUGGGGGAAGGAGUUGCAGUGGCCCCGCUCUUCCUGGUGACAUCAUCUAUGCAAAUUCCCAAUAUGGGGGAGAGGGGAGGUGGGACACCUGGUAUCACAGGGUCAUUCCAUGCAUUGUUUACAUGUUCCAAGUGAUAGCUUUGAAGGGAAGACGCCCCGCCCCUAUACACAUGUAUUUAUAAUGUUUCUGCUUCACGGUUCCCAGAGGAAGGAACAAGGUUCCCUGUGGUUUUCACGGGGCGGUCCGGGGCCCUGGGAAAUAAUUUGGGCCAGGGUGGGAAUGGGAAGAGAAAAGGAAGACGCUCAGCAGGGUUCAUAACAGGAGCAGUCUGCCGUGUUUUCCACUGGCUCAAGGAAGGCAAGGGCAGGAAAACAGGCAGAAAAAGAGGCGGGAGGGCGGACCACAGAAGGCAGAGGAGGGGGACUCACAAAAAAUAUAA